CAACAGCGGUGCACUGACGUUUGCCAAAAUCUAUACAGCAUUUUUGUUUUCAAGGCAAACUAAACCAAAUUGAAAAAGUGUUGAGUUUGGCGGGCGUGUGUGUGUGUUAGAGAGGUCAUGAUGGUGGUGAUGAUGGUGAUGAUGGCGUGUAUGGUGACCACUGCGGCAGGGAUGAGUGACCACGUGCCCCUGGAGGCCUGCAAGAGCAUGAUACCAGAAGGGCAUGGGGCAGGUGCCCAGACGUCGCGGCCCCCAUAUACCCUCAGCGCACAAAGCAAUGCCCUGGCGACUGGCCCUCAAGUCACCGUCCAGCUUGAAGGGUUGGGCUCCGGCGCCAAGUUUAAGGGGUUCUUCGUUAGAGCCUUCGACAGCUCCUCUAGCAGUUCCCUCGGCUCUUUCACCAGAGCUCCCAAGACUAUUGACUGUGACGGUCAGGCGUCGGGAGCUCACCACGCAAAUCCGGACCCUAAGCGAUCAGUGACACUGACAUGGGUUCCUCCUCCAGGAUACACCGGCUCUGUUAUCUUCUUGGCAACUGUGGUACAGUCUCAGAAGGUGUUUUGGAUCAACAUUAAAUCCAAUACCGUGACUCUAAGCUGAUCAUCUAUUUUGUUUUUCCUAUGCUAUAUAUUGUAUGAUUAUCACUCCUUUGACGGCGAUCAAUAUAUAUAUAAUUUGUCAUUAAAUAAAGUGUUGUUAAUCUAUAUAUAUACCAUUUGUUUAUUCAGUGUAGAAUUUGUCUGAAAAAUAUAGGCAAUUGAAAUGUAAUUUUAAAUCUCAAAAAUUGUGGCAUUGAUAUAUAUAUAUAUAUAUAUAUAUAUAUAUAUAUAUAUAUAUAUAUAUAUAU